AUGGCCUCCUCGCUCACAGUCGACGAGCUGAGGUCCCGCCUCGACGCACUCGGCCUCGACACCAAGGGCAAGAAAGCCGACCUUCGUCUGCGGCUCAAGAAGGCGCUGCGCAACGCCAACAGCGCUUCGCCAGCCAACGCACAGACUCAAGAUGUGGACGCAGAGUGGGAGCCCGAAUUCGAUGCCUUCCUCGUGCUCGAUGUAGAGGCCACGUGCGAGUCGACGCGCAAGUACCGCAAUCUGGAGCAUGGCUACGAGACAGGUUCCUUCCAGUAUCCAAACGAGAUCAUCGAGCUGCCUGUCGUGCUGCUCCGGUGGAACAAGGACAAGCGCCGUCUCGAUACGGCGGGUGUGUUCCAUUCGUUUGUGCGUCCGACGUUUCGACCACAGCUCACGCAGUUCUGCCGAGACCUCACCGGCGUCACGCAGGCGCACAUCGAUGCAGCACCUACCUGGAACGACGUCGUCCAGAGCCUCCUCCAAUUCUUGGUCGCACAAGACCUCGUAGAAGAUGCAUCGACGGGCAAGAGCCACAUGCACAAUUUCCGGCUUCGUCGCGGCGUAGCUUGGAUCAGCCACGGUCCUGCAGAUCUGCGCGACUUUGUCAUCAAGCAGAGCUGGAUCUCGGCCCGCCCUCGCGAUCGUGAUCACGGUGCACCCCCAGUCUUCCUCCGAGGACCCUUGAUCGAUAUCCGCAAAGGCAUAGCUAGCCUAUACAAGUGGGAGCAGGAAAUCAAGGCCGACCAGUCCCGUGCCGCUUCCUCCCGCUCCACGCCCUUUCUGGAGUUUGGCGGCGACGAUGGAUUCCAGGUCAUCAGCGCGCCGUUCGGAUCCAGUCCGUCACCUGUCAGAGAAGAUGUGCGGUCCACCGGCUUGUCACCGCACGAUCAGAGCCUGGCAGGUCUCUUGGAUCUGCUCAACAUUGGGCCGUUCCAGGGCCGUCAGCACUGCGGCAUGGAUGACACGCGCAACAUCGCCCGGCUGGCUGUCGAGCUCGCUCGUCGCAUCGAACUGGCUUCCCGCGGCACACAGGUGCUACUCUCCAAGAGCUACGAAGCGCUCGACGGCAACAUCGAGACGAACGCCGAGGUGCUGGAGCUCGACAAGCCAACAGCGGGGCACAGGGCAGCACAGAUGGAGAAGCUCACGCUCAGACCCAAUGUGCGUCUGGACAGCUUCCACAAGCGCUUCUUCUGGAUGGGAAAGUGCACCGGCGAGAUCCGCUGGCCCUUCCCGCCCGAAUCGGAACAAGCUUGA